CCACGUGACCAGGGUCCUCCUCAUUUAAAAAAGAGCUGCUACUCUGCAAAAAAUACUCCAGAGCUUUGACAGAGGUGGUUGAUGGUUCCAUUGGCACCGGCAGAUCCCCCCCGGGCACAGCAGGGCGCAGCGCCAUGAUUUCGCGGGUGUGCUGAUGGACGCAGAGCCCUCAGAGUCUCUGUGUAGCUGACCCGCAUCCUUCAAAGUAUCUUCCGUCUCCGCCGUGCGGGUCAAGGAUGGCUCUGGACCACAGGACGGCAUUUGGCGCCUCGGUGCUGCUGGGCUGCGCGGUCAUCUGCAGCUACGUGCCAUGCCCCGUCCGUGCGUAUCUCUACAACAACCGCUACGCAGGCGAUCAAGUCUUCAGGAUCACUCCCAGUAAUUACACGGAGGUCGGGGCCCUCAAGAAAAUUCUGGAACGGAUGAAGGUGGACUUCUGGCAGCCCAACAGUGUCUCCCUAAUCCACCACAACGCCACUGUGGACGUUCACGUGAAACGGGAUGACACACAGCGUUUGCAUAGGGGCUUAAAACAGGAAAGAAUGAACUACCGGGUUCUCAUCAACAAUCUGCAGAAAGAAAUCGAAAAGCAGACCGGUUAUCGCUCGUCUCGCAAGCGGAGGUCAGAGUUUCAGUAUGACUACGAGGUUUACCACUCUCUGGAAGAGAUACAGAACUGGAUGUUUGAGAUGAACAGAACCCAUCCCAAUCUGGUUGCUAUGUUCUCUAUUGGGAAGUCAUAUGAAGGAAGACCUCUUUACGUGCUUCAGGUAGGGAAGAGGAGCCGUCCGCAGAAGAAAGCCGUGUGGAUCGACUGUGGGGUUCACGCCAGAGAGUGGAUAGGACCUGCUUUCUGCCAGUGGUUUGUCAAAGAGGCCAUCAGCUCAUACAAGUAUGACUCUGUGAUGACACGACUCCUCAACCAGCUCAGCUUCUACAUCAUGCCCGUCUUCAACGUGGACGGGUAUCGUUUCAGCUGGAACACGGAUCGGUUCUGGAGGAAGACACGGUCAAAAAUCCACAAAUUCCACUGCAGAGGGGUGGAUGCUAACAGAAACUGGAAGGUGAAAUGGUGUGAUGAGGGGGCCUCCUCGCAUCCAUGCGAUGACACCUAUUGCGGCCCCUUCCCUGAAUCUGAACCGGAAGUCAAAGCUGUCGCCAAGUUCCUGCGCAAGCACAAGAAGCGCAUGAAAGCAUACAUAUCCAUCCACGCAUACGCUCAAAUGCUGCUUUACCCAUACUCCUACAAGUAUGCCACAAUCCCCAACUUCAACUGCGUGGAAACAGCAGCUCAGAAUGCGGUGUCGGCUUUGUAUUCAGCCUAUGGAGUGAAGUACAGAUAUGGACCUGCUUCCACAACUCUGUAUGUUACGUCUGGCAGUUCAAUCGACUGGGCCUACAGGAAUGGCAUCUCCUAUGCCUUUGCAUUUGAGCUGAGGGAUACAGGAUACUUUGGUUUCCUGCUGCCUGAAUCGCAGAUCAACCCCACCUGCACGGAAACCAUGAGAGCUGUGAAAGCCAUCGCAUCGGGUCUGCUGAGGAAGUGUGACAAAGUCAGGGACAGAUUUCCAUAUAUAUGAAUCCGACGACUGCUGCGGCAUUCCUGUGACACUUCCUCUUCCUCCUUGAUCUUAUCGGGUGAAGAGAUGAAAAACAGACGAGUUGGAUUGUUUGUUUGUAUUUUGCGGUUUCUUCUCAUUAUUUUUAAUUUCUGAUAAGAAACGCUGGUGGUGGGUAGAGGCUGUUUACAUACAGUAAGGCUGCGUUCUUCAAAUUUUUACAGUGAACUUUGGUCAUGUGAACACUUACCAAUAUACAGCAGCACUUGUUUUGUUAAGAAACAGCAAAUAUUUUUAUGUCUUCAAAACAUGUUUUCCAAAAAUAAGCUGUUAUAGGACAUUUUUCUAAUAAUUUUUUUUUCUCUACUUAGACCGGCUUAUUAAAUAAAUCUUAUCAAGUGCCAGUUUAGCUUUUCAGCCAUGAAACAAUGUAAGAAUGCCUUCAUUACUGCAAAGUUUUUGUAAAUGUAAUACAAAAAACAUAACAUAAAUAGGUAUUUUUGUGAGAAUGGUUUAUUUUUUCCUCAGAGUAGAAAACAGAAAGGAUAAUGUGUCCCUUCAGUCGCUAACGGUUUCAUUACUCAGGUAUGGAUUAAUGAUGAUGUCAGAAAUGUUUACUUGUGAUAGGUUGUAUACUUAAUAUGAGAUGUUCAUAAAUGCAUUCAUUCUGACUUGAAUAAAUGUUUUUA